CUCAAAUUUUAUACAUUUUACUAUUUAUAUUUAUACACAUAGAAUAAGAAUGUUUGACAGUGGAUAAACAUAUCAAAUAUUUAGUUAAGUUUCCAUACUGUUAGAGGGAAGAUGUCAUUCAAGAGAGAUGGAAAUGAUAAGGGUGCCUUAGACAAUCAAAGGAAGAGGCGAGUGGCAGAUUUAUUGUUUGAGGACAUACAGGAAGAGGAAGUGACUAGACUGAGCAAUGGAAAGUAUAAGUGCAAGAUGUGUUCCAGUCAGCCUAUAUUUGACACUCUCAACAUGUUUUAUGUACAUAAACAAGGCAAGAAACACUUGUACAGUAUAGAAUAUGCAGCACAGCAAAAACAAGAGCUAGAUGAUUUGAUUGAGAAAAGAAAACAUGAACAAAUGGUGAGAGAUGGGAACGCAGUCACAAAACAAGUAGUUGAAGAAACUGAAAUUCAUCAGGAAUAUAAAAAUCCUAUUCUUGGAAUAAAGAAACCUAGGAAACUAUAUGAAAGAAAGGCUGUCCUGGAUCUAAACAUAUCAAAUAUGAACAAGUCGAAUACAACUACAACAAUAGCACCUAUUCCAACAGUAGCAACAUGUGCAAAUCAGUUACCUGGAAACAGGUUUAAUAACACUUUUUCAUCAAAACAACAUAAAUAUUGCCCAGAAACUGUUCAAGUGUGUACAAGUGCCUCUUCCAGUACUACAAAUAAUUCUAGGUAUUCAGGAUCUCCGGAUAUUGCAGCUGACAGGAAGUUUAGGUCUUCAUUUCAACAUAAACAGCAGUCAUCAGUAAAACAUGGGGAGAAAAACACUAUUGUCAAUGCUAUGAACGUUGGUAAAUUUGUCAGAAAUUCAAAUGCUGAGCAGAAUAAUAAAUAUUAUCUCUCUAGAAAGAAAGACAAAGAAGAGACAAGAAGUCUGAUUAAAAAAAUAGACGACAACUCUUCAAGCCAGACAUUAGUAUCACCUGCUCAAACAUGGGAGUUCUAUAAAGAUUUUAAAGGAAAAGUGCCUUUUAAGAUGAAGUCCAAAGAGGAACCAGUGAAUAAAUCAUCUGAGGGUACUGAGGAACUUCAAAAAAUACAGAAUGGGGGCAAUACUGAAAUAAAAACAGUUCAAACAGCAAGUGGUACAAGCUUAGGAAAGGAACAUGCUGAGAAGUACCUACAUGCUCUUGGGUCUGGCUGGAAAAAAGAUUGGACAGGAACUUGGAUUAAGGAUGAAAAUGCUGAAUUUGAUUCUGAUGAUGAACCUCCAGAUAUACAAUAAAAUCUUUUGAUUGUAAAUAAUUCCUUCAUAGAUACAUUUUAAUAUAGACAACCUCCAAUUAACAUAUGCUAGACACAGCCUCCAUUUAAUAUUUGAUAUAAUGAAACAGACAUAGCUCUCAUUCCACAUGUUAUAUAAUGUAACUUCUUGCAUAUUAGACAGGAUUAUCCCCCCCCCCUCCCCCAGUGCCUCAUUACUGCUGUAACCCUGAGAGCUAGAUAUUCUGGUCAUAGCCUCUAUUUAAUAUGUUAAAAGGCAAAUAAUGUUACAAACAAAGCCACCAUUAUGGUGUAACAAGCACAUUCAGUCUUUAUUUAUUUGAUUUGAUUCAGCAUGUCCUACAAUGUUACAAACACAGCCUCCUUAUAAUUUACACAGUGUUACACAUAGACACACUGUCUCCAUUUAAUUUAUCCAAUGUAAAUAACUCUAGUUUCUAUUCAACAUACAUAAUGUUACAGAAAUUCCGAGUUUUACGCUGAAAACAUUUUUUACUUGACGAUGACAUUUAAGUUCAAUUAAGACAAUGGUUGUUAAAUAUCUAAUAUGAAAAUUCAUGCCAUAAAUGACACUUGUUGUUUGCUAGCAACAAUGUAAUUGUGAAAUUUUUAUAUCAAUCUUAUUUACCUGUUAUGUUAUUAAAAAGGAAUAAAAGGAAAAUGUGUG